GGUUGGGAAAAAGGUAUUGCCAGUUGGCCAUGCAGGCUGUUUGAGAGACGAUUAGGGCAGAAACAACAUGGCCAACGAGAAGACAUUGCGAAGUAGCAAGAAGGCAGCGAGCAAUAGCAAAAGCGUGGCGAAAGCCAGCAAGGAGCAACGAGCAAGUGCGAAGAAAGAGGCUGCAGCGGCGGCGCGCGAAGCGGCAAAAGCCAAGAAGCGACGUCAGGCCAUGAGCGAUGAGAAGCUACUGAAGGUUGUGAACGGACUCAUCGAGGGAGCGCCGGGAGUAUCCGCUCCACGACCUCUGCCAUUGAGUGCCUUAACGAAGCACAAGGGUGUUGCUUGGCAGUGGCUGGAAGAAGGCCGCAUGCGUUAUCCCAUUCCCAUCGGAUGCAAUAGGCCUCUAUCCCCGUUCAACAGCGAUUAGCAGGUGGGUGACAAGCUGCCACGUGACUCUUUUGUUGGCAUGGCGCUUUGGCCCAUUGGCUAUUGUAAGCGUUGAGGGUUGAAUUCCAUGAGCCAACUCCAGUGGCAACCAUGACGCCAGAUGCCGAUGGCCGUGGCAAGGCAUGGGUAGACCUCUUGGGUCUUACUCUGGCAUGGGGGAUGCCAAAAUCAUCGUUUUCCAAUCGCAGGGCUCUCUCUC